CGGAUGAGGAGGCGGUGGUGGAUCGAGGGGGCACACGCUCCAUGCUCAACACCAACUUUGAGAAGGAAGAGCUAGAAGGUCACCGCACUCUCUACAUUGGGGUUCAUGUACCGUUGGGUAGGAGGUCGCACCGACGCCAUCGUCACCACGGACACAGACACAGGAAGAGGUCCAAGGAGAGGGACUCCUCAGCUGACGAUGGACGAGAAUCCCCCUCACACACAGACACACCAGCUCAGAGGGUGCAGUUCCUCUUGGGGACAGAGGAUGGCGAUGAGGAACAUAUCCCCCAUGCCCUGUUCACCGAGCUGGAUGAAAUCUGUCUCAGGGAGGGUGAGGACGCAGAGUGGAAAGAGACGGCCAGGUGGCUGAAGUUUGAGGAGGAUGUUGAGGAUGGUGGUGAGCGGUGGAGUAAACCAUAUGUAGCCACACUGUCCCUACACAGUCUUUUUGAGCUUCGCAGCUGCAUCAUGAACGGAACUGUGAUGCUGGAUAUGAGGGCUAACUCACUGGAGGAGAUUGCAGACAUGGUCCUGGAUCAGUAUGAGGCGUCGGGCCCUGUGGGCCAGGAAGACAGGAAGAGAAUCCGAGAGGCUCUGCUCAAACAGCACCACCACCAAAACCAAAAGAAACUGGCCAACCGCAUCCCCAUUGUCCGAUCUUUUGCCGAUAUUGGCAAGAAGCAGUCUGAGCCUCAUUCCAUGGACAAGAAUGGCCAAACGGUCUCACCUCAGUCCCAGCCGGCCAACAAUGAGGGCAAACAGGACGUCAGCCGUGAAAACAGUGCUGUCGACUUCAGCAAGAUUGACCUCCACUUCAUGAAGAAAAUCCCUCCUGGUGCUGAGGCGUCCAAUGUCCUAGUGGGGGAGCUGGAAUUCCUUGAACGCCCUGUGGUGGCUUUUGUCCGCCUGGCACCUGCUGUGCUGCUCAAUGGCCUGGCUGAGGUUCCCAUCACCACCAGGUUUCUUUUCAUCCUGCUUGGCCCUCUGGGAAAAGGUCCACAGUAUCAUGAAAUUGGCCGGUCUAUUGCUACGCUGAUGACUGAUGAGAUUUUCCAUGAUGUUGCUUACAAAGCCAAAGACAGGAAUGACCUGGUGGCGGGCAUUGAUGAGUUUCUGGACCAGGUGACAGUGUUGCCUCCUGGAGAGUGGGACCCCUCAAUCAGAAUAGAACCUCCCAAGAAUGUGCCCUCUCAGGAAAAGCGCAAGAUUCCUCCCGUUCCCAACGGUGUGACCGAUCUGGGAGAGUCAGAGGAACACGGGGGGCACGGUGGCCCUGAGCUCCAGCGCACUGGGAAACUGUUUGGCGGGUUUGUCAUGGACAUCAAGCGAAAGGCCCCUCACUACCUUUCCGACUACACAGAUGCCAUCAGUCUGCAGUGUCUGGCCUCUUUCCUCUUCCUCUACUGCGCUUGCAUGUCACCCGUCAUCACCUUUGGAGGACUCCUUGGAGAGGCCACAGAGGGACGCGUGAGUGCUAUCGAGUCCCUGUUCGGGGCCUCCAUGACUGGAAUUGCAUACUCUCUUUGUGCUGGUCAGCCUCUCACCAUCCUGGGCAGCACGGGGCCCGUUCUUGUCUUUGAGAAGAUCCUCUUCAAGUUCUGCAAGGAAUACGGCCUCUCUUACCUUUCCCUGAGGGCCUGUAUUGGCCUGUGGACGUCCUUCUUCUGUCUACUGCUGGUGGCCACUGAUGCCAGCUCACUUGUCUGUUACAUUACACGCUUCACCGAGGAAGCUUUUGCUUCACUUAUUUGCAUCAUCUUCAUCUAUGAGGCCCUGGAGAAGCUUUUCCACCUGGGAGUGCAUUAUCCCAUAAAUAAAAACAACAACCUUCAGAAACUCACACAGUACUCGUGUGCCUGUGUGGAGCCCAUGAACCCCAGCAAUAAGACUCUGCGCUUCUGGGAGGAGAGGAACAUCACGGCUUCACAGGUUAAUUGGACCAUGCUGGAGGUCAAGGAGUGCGAGAUGUUGCACGGGGAUUUUGAAGGCACUGCCUGUGGCCCCCAUGGUCCCUACAUUCCCGACGUCCUCUUCUGGUGCGUGGUCCUCUUCUUCACCACCGUCUUCAUGUCUGCCUUCCUCAAGGAGUUCAAGACAAGUCGCUACUUCCCAACCAAGGUGAGGUCUAUUAUCAGCGACUUUGCCGUCUUCAUCACUAUCCUCACUAUGGUUCUUGUGGAUUAUGCAGUCGGGAUCCCCUCUCCUAAACUACAGGUCCCCAACAAAUUCAAACCAACCAGGGAUGAUCGUGGCUGGAUUAUAAACCCUGUGGGGCCCAAUCCCUGGUGGACCACCAUCAUCACCUUCAUCCCAGCUCUGCUCUGCACCAUCCUCAUUUUCAUGGACCAGCAGAUUACAGCUGUCAUUAUCAACAGGAAGGAGCACAAGUUGAAGAAAGGCUGUGGCUACCACCUGGACCUGUUUGUGGUGGGGGUGAUGCUGGGAGUGUGUUCAGUGAUGGGCCUGCCGUGGUUUGUGGCGGCCACCGUGCUCUCCAUCUCGCACGUGAACAGCCUGAAGCUGGAGUCGGAGUGCUCAGCCCCCGGAGAGCAGCCCAAGUUCCUGGGCAUCCGAGAGCAGCGCUUCACUGGACUCAUGAUCUUCACCCUGAUGGGCUGCUCCGUCUUCAUGACCUCUGUGCUCAAGUUUAUCCCCAUGCCUGUGCUGUAUGGAGUCUUUCUGUACAUGGGGGCGUCCUCACUCAGAGGGAUUCAGUUCUUCGACCGACUGAAGUUGUUUGGCAUGCCAGCCAAACAUCAACCAGAUUUUAUCUACCUGCGCCAUGUCCCUCUGAGGAAGGUGCACCUCUUCACCAUCGUCCAGCUCAGCUGCUUGGUCCUGCUGUGGGUCAUCAAGACCUCCAAGGCUGCCAUCGUCUUCCCUAUGAUGGUGUUGGCCCUGGUGUUUAUUCGUAAGCUACUGGACUUAAUCUUCUCCAAGAGAGAACUGAGCUGGUUGGAUGACCUGAUUCCCGAGUGGAAGAAGAAGAAGUUGGAGGAUGCGGCACAAGAGGAGGAACACAGUAUUAUUGUAGAGGAGGAAGGCAUUGUGCAAGUGCCACUGGAGGGACACUACAAGAGUGACCCGUCCACAGUAAACAUCACUGAUGAGAUGUCCAAAGGAUCUUUUGGGAAUGUAUGGAAAGGCGUUAGCCCUGCGGAGAGCACAAAGAAAGAACCAAGCGCUAAAAGUUCCCCUUCCUAACCUCUCAGAAGCUGAUAUCCCAAAGUUGUUCCUGUGGUGGCGAAAAGCAACACAAGCAGCGGCGGCGUGAGAAGAGACUGGACAGGGAGACAAGUUUGUGAUGACACAUGGUGGCGGUGCCAUUGAGCUGUCGAUCAGUAAAUUGAUAAAAAAGGAAAGAAAGAAAAAAGAAAGAGAAAAAACAAAACAAAAAAAAACUGUACCGUGCCACACUCAACCACCUUUGUACUGUGCUACACUGUGUUUUUUUGUUAUACAAGUCUGUGUGCAAGUUGUGUGAAACAAAAAUGUGUUAGAAACAGUAUUAACUUGAGGAGCUGAGACACAUCUGUGUUCUGAUUUGAUGUUUGGUGAAACCAGCAACAGAGGGAAGCCAGAAUUACAUGACACGUGUGUGUUGAUGGGCCAAUUACAUAAAAA